GCCCGACUGCUCCGAUACCUGUGAAUGCACACAACGCCUUCCUUUUCUUGUGACUAGCAAUAAAGAGCCCAGCCCUUGAAUUCAGUGCGUCACACACAUGAUCUCAUUCAACCCUCGCACCGUGUAAAGGCGUCACCGUAUCUAUUUACAGGACUACUUCCCAGCACCCCAGCUUCCUGCCAUGUCUGACCCCAUCACACUAAAUGUUGGGGGAAAGCUCUACACAACCUCACUAGCAACCUUGACCAGCUUCCCCGACUCCAUGCUAGGUGCCAUGUUCAGUGGGAAGAUGCCCACCAAGAGGGACAGCCAAGGCAACUGUUUCAUUGACCGUGACGGCAAAGUGUUCCGCUAUAUCCUCAACUUUCUACGGACCUCCCACCUGGACUUACCUGAUGACUUCCAGGAGAUGGGUCUGCUCCGCAGGGAGGCUGACUUCUACCAGGUGCAGCCCCUGAUUGAGGCACUACAGGAGAAGGAGGUGGAGCUCUCUAAGGCAGAGAAGAAUGCCAUGCUCAACAUCACACUGAACCAGCGUGUGCAGACAGUCCACUUCACUGUGCGUGAGGCACCCCAGAUCUAUAGCCUCUCCUCCUCCAGCAUGGAGGUCUUCAAUGCCAACAUCUUCAGCACCUCCUGCCUCUUCCUCAAGCUCCUCGGCUCCAAGCUCUUCUACUGCUCUAAUGGCAAUCUCUCCUCCAUCACCAGCCACUUGCAAGACCCUAACCACCUGACUCUGGACUGGGUGGCCAAUGUGGAGGGCCUCCCAGAGGAAGAGUACACCAAGCAGAACCUCAAGAGGCUCUGGGUGGUACCAGCCAACAAGCAGAUCAACAGCUUCCAGGUCUUUGUGGAGGAGGUGCUGAAAAUUGCUCUAAGUGAUGGCUUCUGCAUCGAUUCUUCUCACCCACAUGCUCUGGAUUUUAAGAACAAUAAGAUUAUUCGAUUAAUACGGUACAGGUAAAAGAACCCCAAGCCACAUUGGAGGGAGGCUCCCAAGAAGCUCCACAUCAGCCAAGAUCUUAAAGAGUGUCUCACCAGUGGUGUGAGGCAGGGCACUCUACUAAUCUGUAUUAAUCGCGUAGCAGGACUUGAUUUCCCCCAUGAUGCAGUCCACCUGUAGGAAUCCAUGUGUCCUCUCAGCAGGGCCUCCUUUUUUCUUGCCAUUUAGAGCUGGAGAUGGGCAGUCUGUUCAAAGUGGAGAGUCUGCCCAUGUGUCCUAAAGGAGACCACCAGAGGGCUUUCUGGCUAGACAGGGGAGCAGCAUUUCUGUCAUUGACUCCAUCUCUCUCUGUACCACUAGGCAGUGCCUCACUCACCCAUCUGAAUAAGAGCCCCUGAUGGAGGGGAGAAAAUGAGAACAAGAUGCUCCCUUCAGUUUCCCAGGAUGGAACGUACCCAGAGAUCCCCAUCACCCCUGCUCCUUUGUCUGGAGGAUGCAGCCAGGACCUUGGACUUGUUUGCCCAAGGGUAACCAUGUUUGACUGGCUUGGAAAAGCAUUAUGUUCUCAAAGCUGUAUCGGUCCCUGCUGGGGGAGAGAUCUGAGCUGUGGCAUGGCCUAAAGGAGUGCGCAUCCAAGCCGGCUUCAGAAGAUGGGGAUGUUCCUUUUGACUGUGUCAUCUUGAGGCAUUUCGGGAUUUUUGGUUUCAGAAAUGGGCUGCUGUUCCUGUGAAGGCUUGAAAAUUUGGAGUCAGUGCAAUGAAAGGCACCUCAUACUGGGACCUGUUAUCUGACUUUUGUAAUCCUUACCACAAGAGUUUAAGGUAUCAUUUAAACAAGUCAUUUUAAAGAAAUAUAUUAUGGACUCUCCAGGUUGAAAAGUAAUUCAACGGUUGCUUAGUCCUCCCUCAUGCCAGCAUACUCCAGCACAUUUGGGGAUGAGUUUCUCUCCCCAGUACCUCCAAGCAAUCACCUAUCUCUGCUUGCAUACCUCCAGUGAUGGGAAGAUCAUCAUCCCUGAAAUAGCCCGCCAUGGUUGGCCGGUACUGGCUAUUAGAAAGUUCUUACACUGAGCCAAAAUCUCUCCUUCCACUCCCAUUUUCUGGUCUUGGUUCUAUUUUCUGGUCUAAUUCUCACCUAAAUAUGUAUUUCUCUUUCAAAAUAGUCACCUUGAGGGACACUCAUUCUGAAAAUAUUAGCAGGAUUCCCCUUUGGGAUCUGUCUUCAAGACCAAGGUUGGCCCUCUUCCAUCCCCUGAAAGUCAACCCUAUUUUGUUAGGACUUUGCCUCCUUCGUGACCCCCAUUUUACCCACCUUCCUCACCAGCCACAACUCCAGAUACCCUGUGACCAUCUUCUAUUGGAGAGUGGAGAUUUGCCACCCCUGAGGAAGUGCUGCCAGACCAGGGGCUCAGAAAGCAGUACACAGCUAGGAACCUGAGUGGUCUGAACCAUAACACCACCCUUGGACUAAGUGUCCAGCGUCUAAGACACUGUUCUGAAGGCGGUGGCCUUCCCUGUAGUACUGUUUCUGGUCAUAACCAAACCUUGGACCUCCUUGGUGUGAGAUCCAGGGCAAGACACCCGAGCCACUGCUUCCCCAGGGGUGAUGAGCAAGUGCAGGCUUCAAAACUGUACGUUAUGAUUCAUCCCUAGUGUGAGCAUGGCCUUGGGAGUCUCGGAGUCUUUCCCACUGGGUAGGAGACAUCAGACAAAGCCAGGAAAGCCUGCUGGCACAAGCGCCCAAGAGAGAUGGGCUGAGGAAGGGUCUUCCCAUAGCUGUGCUCUGUGAGUUGGGAGCUUGUACACCAGGCUGUGGACAAGGCCCCAUCCCGUAAGUAAUACAGGCCUUUUCCUCCCACAGUGGGACUCUAGAGUGACAGCUGCCCCAGGCCACAAGGCCAGUGGUACUCAAAUAGAAGCUAUGGCCACAAAACAGUUUAAGGAAGAAUCUUAUAAAUUACCACUGCCCUUUUUGUCCUCUCCAUAAAAAUUCUUUUUCUCCCAUCUUUUCGGUGCUUCUUAAUUCAAGCAGCUUGACUUCAGAGAAAGUACAGGACCUAUGAAGCUACUAAUGUGCUGUGUGACUUUAUGCAAGUCACUCACCUCACUGAGCCACUUUUUCUUCAUCUGUGAAAUGAACGUAACAGUAAUACAUAACCCUACCUACCUCACAGGGCUGUUGUGAGGAUCAAAUGAAAUAAUG